AUGGUGGUAUGCCCUCCUCCGAUGGACAUCAGCUGGGAACGCGGAUCGCGAGGCCUCGCUGAACCUUCCGGAGGUGGUACCUUACUUCCAGUGGCCGGCGAUGCCGGUAUGGGCUCUCCUAGUAGGCGCUCCGGGGUCACAAGUGCCGUAACGUCUCUCCAGACUUCGCCCAUGCGCCAAUCAACCGCGUCGCCUGCCACGGCCCCGUCGCCUGCCACGGCCCCGUCGCCUGCCACGGCCCCGUCGCCUGCCACGGCCCCGUCGCCUGCCACGGCCCCGUCGCCUGCCACGGCCCCGUCGCCUGCCACGACCCCAUCGCCUGCCACGGCCCCGUCGCCUGCCACGGCCCCGUCGCCUGCCACGGCCCCGUCGCCUGCCACGACCCCAUCGCCUGCCACGACCCCAUCGCCUGCCACGGCCCCGUCGCCUGCCACGGCCCCGUCGCCCGACACGACUCCCUCACCACGCACGACCACCCAAGAGAGAACCGAAAGAACGUUGGACACGCCACACUCCAAGCAUUCACAGGAGCAGAAAUACCAUGGGCAGGGACCUCAACGGGACAAGCUCCGCAGGCCCCGGACCCAGGGGCACCCGCACGGCCCAGUAAGUCAGGAAACCUCCCCCUCAAAUCCGCAUCCGACCUCUGAGUCAACGACAGCUCCUGGCAGUCCGGAUGGUGAGACCCAACCUGUUCUGUCUGGACCCGAGAUUACGACAGAUGACGGCAGCAGCAACGCAAUCCCACAGGCCAGCGAGCACCCACGGGGCGGAGCGGGAAACAGGGAGACAGAAAGCGGAACGCCGGACGCCGGCGACGAAAAGCUGAGCGGCGAUGCCACUGCGUCUGGUGGAGGUGACGACGACCUGCCGCCAGGCGCCAAUAGUGCGUACGCAUUAUGGGAUCCCCAGUGCGUGGGAGUUGCCGCUGUACUUCCUGCGUUCUGGCUGCUCACGCAAUGGUGA